GCUGAUGGAAGCAGUGAUUUGGGUUACAAAAUAUCUGAUAUUAUUAUAAAAAUUGCCAGCCUUUUAAGGGCCCCUCUCCACUCUCUCUCCCUUUAAAUUUUGUUAGUUUAUUUUUCUGUGAAGCUGUGAAUUCCAAGGAGGAAUUGAAGAUAGAGAAAGAUCUGAAGCCAUGAACGUAGAGGAGGAAGUUGAGCGACUCAAAGAGGAAAUUAAAAGGCUCGGCAAGCUCCAAGAUGAUGGUUCUUACAAGGUCAACUCUUUUUAUCCGGUUUCAAUCUUUCUCAGAAUGUAGAAAUUUACCAGUAACAUUUGGGGUGUUGUUCAAUGAUGAUAGAUGUGCUAACAUAUUCGAAGCACUGGUCGGGACGCUAAGAGCAGCAAAGAAGAGAAAAAUAGUGAGUUAUGAUGGUGAAUUGUUGCUGCAAGGAGUUCAUGAUAACGUUGAGAUCAUUCUCAAAGCCAUUCCAACAACAGAAGUUGCAUCCACUGCAGCUGUAAAGACGGCCUGAGUAGUGAUGGAUUCAUAUGUAAUAUGAAAAAGCAGUUCUUGCAAUUUGCAUCUUCAAUUUCUAUGUUUUAUAAUCAAUAUGGAGUAUAACAAUUUUCAUUUAGUUACAUGUUUAUUAAAUUCCUCGUGUUCCAGAUAUGAUAACUUUUGCAAGGGAAAAUAAUUUAUCAAAUGGCGGAAUUGUUCUAAUGGGAGAAGUAAUUAAGAAUACCAA